UUUCCCGAAUCUAGACUCUUCGUCCAUCUUUCUGCGCUUCGUUUCAGAUCCACCGUCUCCAUACCUUCGUCGUCUUCUUUCUUUUCCCCAAACUUCCAACUUCCAAGAUUCGUUUCCUACCGUCGUCUUCUUCUCCUCUGGCUUCGUGCGUUAUUCUUCUUCUCCGACUUCUCGCAGCUUCGUUGUGGUCGUCGUCUUAGCAUCUUUUCCUUCUACGGUUUAAUAGAAAGCUUUAGCUUCCAUUCGGUAAGACGCAAAAUCACCAAACAUGUGGAAAUUCAAACCCUUUAUGCAUAAAGAACAAAAUGGGCUUGAAGGUCGUGUCAUAGACAUUGGAAAUUAUAAGGUUCAGGUUCGAAAUGCUAUUGCAGAGGGUGGCUUCUCAUGUGUUUACUUAGCUAGGGACGCAAUACAUGGAUCGAAGCAAUAUGCAUUAAAGCACAUCAUAUGUAAUGAUCAAGAAUCAGAAGAGUUGGUAAUGAAGGAGAUAUCAGUUAUGAAAACUCUCAAAGGACAUCCUAAUGUUGUUACACUCAAUGCUCAUGCUAUUUUUGACAUGGGUCGAACCAAAGAAGCUUUCCUUCUCAUGGAACAUUGCGAGAAAUCCCUGGUUAAUGUGUUGGAGAGCAGGGGAGCUGGGUUCUUUGAGGAGAAGCAGGUCCUAACAAUUUUUAGGGAUGUGUGCAAUGCUGUCUUUGCAAUGCACUGUCAGACGACUCCUAUUGCUCACCGAGAUUUGAAGGCUGAGAAUAUUUUGCUGGGGCCUGAUGGGUUGUGGAAGCUCUGUGACUUUGGUAGCAUUACUACCAACCACAAACGCUUUGAGAAGCCUGAAGAAAUGGGAAUCGAGGAAGAUAAUAUUAGGAAACACACUACACCUGCCUAUAGAGCCCCCGAGAUGUGGGAUCUAUUUCGAAGAGAGCUUAUAAAUGAGAAGGUGGAUAUAUGGGCACUCGGCUGUCUCCUUUUCCGCUUAUGUUACUUAAAGCCAGCAUUUGAUGGUGAAUCGAAGCUUCAAAUUUUGAACGGAAACUAUCGCAUCCCAGAUUUACCCAAAUACAAUGAACUGCUGAUAGAUCUUAUCAAAGAUAUGCUUCAGUCUUCUCCCGAUGACCGACCUGAUAUCACGCAGGUAUGGUUUCGUGUAAAUGAUCUUUUACCAGAUGGGCUUCGGAAGCCAUUGCCUGAUAGACCACCAGAAUUGCCACAAAAAAGUUCCGAUGUCCUUGUAGGGAUGCCAAAGCCUGCAAACAAGUCUAGUCCAAUGCCUCGUAGAAGCCCUCCUCCGCCUCCAUCUUCAGCCUCUGAUGCAUCUCAAAAUAUCACGUCGUCAGCUUCAAAAAAUUCAAGAACAAGCGAAAGCUCUGCUGCUCUUGGUUCUUUCUGGAACACACAGCAUGCAAAAGAUGCAGAAAGCAAAGAGGCUAAGAACAGGCCGAAGUACGACGAGGACACAUCAGACCCGAAAUCUUCAAUGAGCGAGAUUAUUUGGCCUGACAGGCAUCCCGUCUCUCAUCCACCUCCAAGGAUGGAGCAAAAUUUUCAAUCUCCCAAUGUCCAAAAGAAUUUGCAAGGAAGAUCAGUCAAUAGACCAACCGACUGCUCCCCCAAGAACAUAAAUCUGUUUCCAGACGACUCAGAUCAUAUCUCCGGAAGAUCCAAGCAGCCGAAACCAGAACUGACUCCCACCUUUCAAAUGGAUGCAUCUAACUCAUUUAUUUCUGAGUUCGAUGUCAACAAACGAAGUCCUGCCAAUAAUCCGCAGAAACCUGAGGGGAAGAUGUUAGAGGCUGAAGUUGAGAAGCUUAAGGAGCAGCUAGAACGCGCGAAUGCAGAGAAGGCAGAAAUUACCUCAAAGUACGAAAAACUCUCGGCUAUUUGCCGAUCACAACGGCAAGAGAUACAAGAACUUAAACAAGCCAUGGCUGCAAAAGGUCCAUCUCCGAGCCGAGAUACUGUUAGAAACCUGACUCCUUCAGGAAACCAAUCCUCCACCACUCCACCGAUGAAUGAGAAGAAGAUUGAAGGAACAAUAUGGGAGCUACAGCAGGGCUUCUUCGAGCCUACAUCUUCUUCAAGCUCAAAUUCUCAGCAAUGGCAGGCCUUUGCUGACGACUCCAAGGCGCAGACCACGCCGACAAACAAUGGGCCAAAAUCUGUUAGAACAAGAAACGGAAAUGGUCAGCAGCAGAACAAACAGGCGGGCGGUGGCGCCAAUUCUUGGGGGUUUGAAACCGAUGCUUUUAAGGUGGCUCCCACUGCUAGUUCCAACAUGAAUGUACCACCUGUGGUGGGAACUUUGAGUAAUUCUCAGCGGUUUGGCGAGGCGACUGCGACGAGGGUUGUUGAUAGUAAGUUGGGAUCCCAGCCUUCUGGAUGGGCUGGCUUCUAGGUAAUCAUCUGAUGGGAUUCUUCGAUUGAUCGAUCCGUAAGUAGGAAGAUGAAGGAGGUGUGGCUGAGUGAGGUAUGUCCUCCUGUUUGUUUGUUGUGUAUUAUAUGAUAAGGCUUGAAUUUGCUGUUAAUUGGAUUUGAAUUGCUGCUUCAUUACCAGUGACUUACUGAGUAUUGAAGAAUUUUUUAUAAUUUGAUUUGAUUUGAUUUGAUUUGCAAUAAACAGGUUAUCUAAAAUUCUAGUU